AUGACGGACAAACAAAAUGGAAAUGGGCCCAAAGCCCCAGAGAAUAGGGUGAAGGGGAAGCCUCCUCCGUACUCGGUGGAGACGCCCUAUGGCUUCCGCCUGGACCUGGACUUCCUCAAGUACGUGGACGACAUCGAGAAGGGCCACACCAUAAAGAGAGUCCCCAUCCAGCGCCGGAGCAGGGGGCAGAGGCCCAGCACUCUCCCCAGGAACCUCAACCUCUCUGGGCAUGGCUACCAGUCUAGCCCCUGGGGCUCCACUGGAGCUCUGGCCUCCAGGUCUCGCCUCCCCGACCCCCACCAAGGCUAUGGCUCUUGGGCUUAUGAUGGCAGAUCGCCAGCCUCCCCUGGAGGAUACAAGUCUGUGGCAGAGAUGGAAGCCAGUAUCAGGGCCUUUGAUGAGCAGCCCUUGGGGGAGCACAUCAGGCCCAAUCUCCUGCGGGCCUCCAGCCUGCCUCUUACCGUCCUGCUAAGGAAAGGUUCAGAGUCAACUGAGGACCCGGCCAGUCUCCGAAGCUCCAGAGACCGUCUCGGAGGAAGGGACACUUCCACGGAAGACAUCCUCUACUCCCUGGACCGCUUGUCCAACUGUCCGUCCAAACAGGAUUUUUCUGGAACCCUCCGCCGCCUCAAUGAAGCCCUGGAGCACAUGGGCAAGCUGGAGGAGGAGGUCCGUGUCAUCCCAGAGCUCAAGGCACAGAUCUACAUCCUGCAGGAGGAGAGGGAGAUGCUCCGUCUUGGACUGAACCCCAAACCCGCAUCCCGAACCUUCUCCAACAGGGCCAAAGACCACUCUUACGUGACCUCUGACCUCAAAAGACCCAGGAAAGAGAGUAAUCUCUUCCUCGCCAACAAUGACAUCACCGAUGAUGACUCUAACCAGACACACGAGUGGAGGACAAGCACAGACCUGGAUGAGCUUCUCACAGUGACGUCUCUGCAGGCCAAAGUGGCCAUGCUGGAGCAGAGGCUUCAUGAGAGCAGCCUGGACCUCCAGAAGGCUACCGUGCUACUGAGAGAACAGCAGGAGGAGGGCCGGAGGAACGAUGAGAGGAUGUGCCAGCUGAUCAGGAACACUGGGGACUGGGGGAGAGCAGAAAGAGUCCCUGUGGAGCAAGAUGAAAAACAGACUGAGAAUUCUUCUAGAGAACCAGGCCUAGCAGUACCCAUGGAGCACAUGCCCCAGGAGGAAGCCCCCCCAGGGAGCAUGGAUCAAGCUGUGGCAGCCCUCCACAUAAGGAGGAUCCAGUGUCUCCUGGAACAGCAGUGGGAGUGUCUGUGUGGGGGGACAGCACCAGAGGGGGGCAAGGCCCUGGAGCACCCAGACCCCAAGGUCAAUUCACUACAGGAGGAGAUGAUGAGUCUGGUUCAUACUCUUUCCUCCUACUACAACCAUGGAUCCAGUGACGGAGAGGUUUCUCAAGGAGUCCCAAAAUCCACCAUGAAGAGAAAUGGGAGUGCUCGGAUGUCAAAGAACCUCCACUUUGUUGGUGUGAACGGAGGCUUUGAAACAACACCAAAUGAGGAUCUGGACCGUAAGAGCCAUGCAAAGGAGGACAUGUCAGCCCUACAGCAACAACCAGAAGGACAACUCCCCCCUGGGGAGAUGGCAGAGAAACGUGCAGACCAUGGGGGUUCCAACCACGGAGACCAGAAAGAGGGAGACCCAAGCCCAGGUCAAGAGAUGAUGGAAGGAACCGAUCCGAUGGACCAGACUACUCAAACUGCAGAACCAGACGAACAGACAGAUAGUGGUGGGGAUGUGGAAGCUGCAGAACCAGAGGAACAUAACAAGACAGACACAACACCAGAGGAACCCAUGGAAGCAGAACCAGAUCCAAACACAGAUCCCAAACAAGACAGGGAGGAUGUAGAAGGGGAGUUCAUAGCAGCAUGUCAUUUCGUCAACGAUCACAUGGAUAACAUGGAUAACCCCAAUGAUGACAUGAGGCGUGGCCUGGUGGUGCUGUUCCAGCAUUGGUUCCGGGUGGCGGCUGAGGAGGACUCUCUGGCCAAUACGGUGUCUGUGUACCUCAGAGAGGUGAGGACGGCCACGCCGUCGCUCCUCCCCUUCUUAGUUAACAUGGCAGAUGACAACGGCAACACAGUGCUGCACUACAGCGUGUCUCACACCAACUACCCCAUUGUCAGCCUGCUACUGGACACAGGUGUUUGUGAGGUGGACCUUCAGAACAAGGCGGGGUACACAGCGGUGAUGCUGGCGUCCCUGACGGCCCCGGACAGCUCUGGGGACAUGGAGGUGGUCGGCAGGCUCAUGGAGCUGGGGGACGUCAAUGCUCAAGCCAGCCAGGUCACUGUCACUGCCUCUGUAGACACCAAAUACACACCUCGUACUUCAUCCUAA